AUGGCUGACGACAUUUCCACCGACGACUCCGGGAACUUCACCUGCACCCCCGAAUCGCUAGCAGAAGCGAUCGCGACCGCGCACCUCGCAGACGAGUCGGCGUCCAGCGAUAAUCAAUACUCGGCGUUUCACGCGUUUAUCCCCUUCCUGCACGUCUUUGCCCUGGCGCUGCUGUUAGACCGCUUCUGGAUGCUGAAGAACAGGCAAACCCAGAUCUUCUUUUACGUGUCGGUGGUGUCGAACAUCGCAUAUGCGAUUUGGACGGUGGUUGGGUAUCAGGUGUUGUGGUUUUGGACAUUCGAAGGGACCGCCCUCUACUACAUCGGCCGCGCCCUCACCUGGACCACCUUCCAACAAUCCGUCACCUACCUCAACUACCUCCGCAUCGCCGACACCCUCGAGCGCCUGCACGCCCCCUGGGUCCGCCGCAUCUCCCUCAUCUUCGUCUUCGCGAUCACCCCGCUGACCCUCAUCAACGCCGGCGAAGUCGUCGUCUACUUCAUCGUCACCAAAUCAGACUCCGCCUUCCAGUACGGACAACCCCUCCGCUACGUCGCCUGGCUGUACUCCUCCGCGGUCGACAUCGCCAUCGGCACAUACAUCGUCCGCAUGAUGGUCGCCAACGCGUCGGGCGUCACCACCGCGACGACGACCAGCGACGGGAAGAAACCGUUGCUGCGCAUGCACCACAUCUACACCAUCUCGACCAUCUGCCGCAUCCUCCUCUUCCUCACCUGCGAAUACUCGUUCCUGAUCGCCGAGGACAUCGUCGCGGAUUACACCUCCAUGCGCUCGUUCUUCAAGUGGGAUAUGAGUCUGGGAUUGAGUGUGUUCAAACCGUACCUGUUGAUCACGGACAUGGCGAGGAUCAGGGCGUUAGGGGACGGUGAGCCGGUGCAGUAUGGGACGCAGGCGGAGUACUCGGAACCGAGAAAGUCCAGAGUCAUGAGGAGUGAGGUGCGGAGUGAGGUCGACCAGAUCAUGGAGAUGGAGGAGGAUGGGGGUUUGGAUACCGCGGCCUUGAAACCGUAG